AUGAACAUUUUAGUAGUUGUUUGUGGUUUAGGCUCUCCAGCAGGAGAACUGUAUUUGAAGAUUUCCGUGGCGGACGCUCCGCCGGACACGUGCAUUAGCUGCCGGCAGCGGGACGAUCUUUCACGGCCCACGCGUAGCUCUGACAAGCUGUUCGAGCAGGGCGGCUGCUGUAAUCGCUGCUUACAACCGGGCCGUGCCCAAGGUGGCAGCCUCACAGGGGAACGUGCGCGGCCUCCUGCGGUCCGCGUCCUGGCGGUCCGUCCGGACCGCGGGACGAGGCUGAAGGCUGCGGUUCACUACACGGUCGGCUGCCUGUGUCAGGAUGUUGCAGAAGACAAAGACAUGCAAUUCAGCAAACAAACCAUUGCAGCUAUUUCAGAGAUCACCUUCAGGCAGUGUGAGAACUUUGCAAAAGACCUCGAAAUGUUUGCAAGGCAUGCAAAACGAAGCACAGUCACUACAGAAGAUGUGAAGCUUUUGGCUAGAAGGAGCAAUUCUUUGCUAAAGUAUAUCACCCAGAAGAGUGAAGAGCUCGCAUCAAGUAACAUGGAGCAAAAGGAGAAGAAGAAGAAGAAGAAGUCCAGUGCAGCUAAGGGAGGGAGAACUUCUGGGGAACAAGCACCAGCUGUGACUGAAAGUGAAGAUUCCAACAUGGCAUGAUUUACCUUUCAAGU